AUGGACAAGUCUCAGAACAAAUAUGCUGAGUCGGCAGUGCCAGCGCCCAUGGGUCUCCUUGGUCUGGUCCUGCUCUGGGUGCUGACGGCAGUGACUUCAGGGAAAAUUCCAGACUCGCUGGUGGAGCAGGCGGCCUCCUGCAUGACUUCAUGCUCAGGUUCAGCUGAUCCCCACCUCCCCCUGGGCACCAGAUACACCUAUCACUUUUCCACCAACACCAGCACCAGCCUGCAGGGGGCCCAGGAGGAGGGGAGUGGCCUUGGUCUCCAAGGCUUGGUCACCCUUGAUGUGCUUGGCCCCUGCCAGAUGGCUUUACGGCUCCAACACUUCCAGGUGACAUCCAUCCUGGGGUCCAAGGUGGAAGUUCUGAAGGAGUCAGAGAGUUUGAGUGCCGCUCUGGGCCGCGUGCCGCUGCGCUUCGUCCUGCACGCAGGGCGCGUGGCACGCCUGUGUCCUGGCCGCCCCGAGCCGCGCUGGGCGCUGAACGUGAAGCGCGCUGUGCUGAGCCUCCUGCAGGGUCGCCCGGGCACCCGCAGCCCCCAGACCGUCGAGGAGGUGGACAUCCUGGGCAGGUGUCCCACCACGUACCAGCAACGCGGAACCAGGCUGCACAAGACCAAGGACCUGGCGCGAUGCUCCCUGCGCAGGGUGCGCGCCUCCCUGCGCUCCCAGGCCCUGCCCGCCGCGGAGGUGAGUGCUGCCUUCCGCCUGACCUGCGUCCAGAGUUUCCAGGCCGGCGUGCUGGGGGAGGCGUCCUGCAUGGAGCUGGACACUGUGGGGCCCCUCUCCGGGGAGGCGAGUGCGGUGCAGAUGCGGACCCUUUCCUCGCUCACCCUGCUGUAUGAGAUGCCCCGGGACCCGGCUGUCGCAGAUCCAGACGAUGGAGACUUAACCCCAAGCAGCCUGUUGUACGAAUGGGAGGAGACACCAUCCCAGGCUACGGUGGCCACGGUGGCUGCAUCAGUGAGGAAGCUGUGCCUGGCUCAGACCACAAGCUUCGAGGCCGCAGAGCUCUUCCUGACGCUGGUGUCUGAGCUCCGGGGCCUCUCUGCGGAUGAGCUCAUGGAACUCUGGGAACAUUCUUUUUUCAAAUGCCGAGACAACUGGCAACCGCUGGUGGAUGCCCUGCCCUCCUGUGGCACCAAGCCCUGCGUGAGCCUCAUGGCGGAGCUCAUUGUGUCCGGGGAGUUGGAGGCAGAUGAGACAGAGGCGUGGCUCUGGUCGCUGGCCUUUGUCCCGCAGCCCACAGAUGCCAUGGUCCACGCGCUGCUGCCACUGCUGCAGACCCCGGAGGCCAGCCCCAGCGCCUUCCUGGGCAUCUCAGCUCUGGUGCAUAACCUCUGUGUGUCUCUGGACGGGCCCUGCGGGCAGCUGCCUGGUGUUGGCUCCCUCAUGAGGAUCCUGGAAGACGCCUUGGGUGCCAAAUGCACCUUCCAGGAGCCCUCGGAUGCUGAUCAGCUCCAGCUCGUGCUGAAGGCCAUUGGCAAUGCCGGCCUGGCGGCCGUAGCUCUCACCCCCAAGCUGAGCAUUUGUGCGUCCCUGAGGAGCUGCCGCCCUGAGAUCCGGCUGGGGGCCAUCCAGGCCUUCCGGAGGGUUCCCUGCUCUGCAGACCGAUCCGUGCUCUCCAGCCUGUACCAAAGCCCCGAGGAGGACGCUGAGAUCCGCAUCAAUGCCUACCUGGCGCUGAUGAGGUGCCCGAGCGAGGAGGUGUUUGCCCAGGUGCGGCGCACCCAGGCAGGAGAGCCGUCCACCCAGGUGGGCUCCUUUGUGUGGAGUCACCUCCUGCAGCUGCUGGAGACGGGCGACCCCCUGAAACGGGCCCUCCGGGAGGCCAUCCCUGAGGACAUUGUCAGCCAAGAGUUCCAUCCAGAGACCUGGAAACACUCGUCCUACUCUGACGUCACCUUCCGCUCAGCAUCGGGCAGCCUGGGAGCCAACCUGGAGGGGACACUUCUCUUCUCUCCGGCCUCCUUCCUUCCCCGUUCUGCCACAGCCAACCUGACUGUCCAUGCCCUUGGUCAUGCCUUCAACCUCCUAGAGCUGGGGCUCCGGCUGGAAAAUGCCGAGGAAAUGGCCCGCAGGCUAUUUGGCCCGAAGUCAUUCUGGGGGCAGGAAGAGGAGAGACAGGCCCAAGCGGAAAAGCCCCCAGAACCAGGACCAGGACCUACACCGCAGCCAGCCCACCCUGCCUGUCCAGGGGAAAGGUCCAGAAAGAUGAGAGACCUGCAGCGGAAGGUGGCCCAGAGGCAUCGGGAGCGGCGGGCGCUGCAGUGUAAGCUGAGCAUAAAGGUGUUUGGGCACGAGCUGAGCUUUGUGAACUGCGGGGCGAUGGGGAGUCAUGUGACACGCCAGUCCCUGAACCUGGCCGAGCUUGCUGUCAAGCUCCUGAAGGGGCAGGAAGUGCAGCUGAACCGAAGGCUGAACCUGGCCAUGGAGGAGCUCACUUUUCCCACCAUGUCUGGACUCCUAGCCCGGCUGACCCUAAACGCCUCGGCUGCCAUCAGCAUCCAGGUCGGAGGGACAGUCAACUUCCAGCAGCGCUCGGAUUUCUCUGUGAAUGGUUAUGUCAAGCCCAGCGCCCUGCUCCGGAUCUCGGCGCAGAUGGGCACCGUGGGCACCCUGGGGCAGGCUGGGCUGAGGUGGGUGACCGGCGUCCGUGGCACCGCCAGCCUGGAUGGAGGGAUCCGGACGAAGAAGGGCCAGGACCUCAAGGUGCAUCUGAACACACCCGAGGAGGCUGUGGAGCUGCUCCGCUUCAGCUCUCAGCUGUUUCUCAUCACUGGGGAUGGCAUGAGGAGGCUCAGUCAUGCUCACAUCCCUUCUGAGGCCCAAUCCUGUACCGACAAGGAAGCGUCCCGUACUUGGGGCUGGCAGCUGUGCACUGAAGUGAGCUGGCCUCCGCCCGGGAAGCCCUACCUGCUCUCGGUGCCUGUGUUUGCGGCUGUGAUGCUGAAGAAGCAGGACCGGGGGCUCCAACACUAUCUGCUGGAAGCUGCCUAUACCCUCCACCCCCCGAAGGACUCCUGGCUCCCUCAAGAAGCCUCAGCCCACAUCUUCAUGGGCACGCCCAGGUCGGAAGUGCCCAGGGACGUCGGGGUGGAUGUCAGCUACAGCUGGCCCCAGAGGAAGCUCCAGCUCAAGCUCGUCCAUCCCAAGAAGAAAAUUGAGCUGGACGGAAAGAUUGACACUCUGCAAAGCGCCUGCAUGGGUCACCUGGAACUGAUACUGGAUGACAGAGACGUCUACUACAUCAAGGGCCGGAGCAACCUGUGGCCAGCAGCAGGUGGUGGGGCUCAGCGGAUGGAGGCCCAGCUGGAGGUGAAACUGGUGACGUCGGGCAGCCCUGUGGUCCUCGCCGGGAACCUCAGCCGGCAGGCAGGCAGCAGGCUGGCCUUCUCCAUGUCACUGAGCAACCUGCUGAGCGACCCGGCCCACGUGUCAGCACUGCUGGAGAAGAAGGCGGAGGAAGGGCAGCAGGCGGUGGCCCUGGGUGGCGAGCUCUUCGUGCCAGGGCUUGUGGGGCUGCGCACCCUAGGCCUGCUGCAGCAGCGGGGCCGCCUCUGGACCAGCUCCCUGAGGAUCAAGUAUGGCCUCCUGGGUCAGGCGAAGCAGCUGGCACAGGAGUGCAGCACCAGCCAGAAGCUGCGGGUGGAGAGCGGCUCAGAGGCCACGUACAAGCUGGAGCUGGACCAUGAGCUCCACUGCACGCAGAUCCCAGCGUUCAGCCACAAGGUCCAGCUCCGGCAUGAGGAGGGCUCAGGCCACCUCCACUGGGAGCUGGAGGCGAGCUAUGGGAGGCACUGGGAUGACAGCCGCAACAAGAGGCACCUCCGCAUCAGCCAGACCUUCCAGAACGACUCGGGCCCAGCCCUGAGCAAUUACUUCGUGGAGUUUGUGCUGCAGGUGCCUGCGAGGCAGGUGGAUUACCAUACUCAGCUGCACCACUUGAGCCUCCGCCAGCCCCACGUGGAGAGCAGCACGUACCUGAAGGUGCAGUACAAUGGGCGGGUGCCCUUUGUGGCAGGCUUGCAGUGGAAGGACACAUCCAGGGCCACCCUGUGGAAGUGGGAAGGAGCCUUGAACCUGGAUAGUCCAUGGCUGAUGGUCUCUGCGGCUCACAGGCUGUACUGGCCCCACAGAGCCACGUUCCAAGCUGUUUUGGAGCUGACGCUGGGCAAGGCCUGGACCCUCAAGAAUCUGGUGAUGAACAUGGCCUGCAAGAUCCAGGGCCUCCACAGGGAGGGCAAGAUCCACGUCUACACCCCAGCUACCACCUACCUCCGGGUUUCCACAGUGACAGCCGUGGCACAGAGCAUCUUUCGCAGCUGGAGUGAAGUAGAAUCAGCCUGGAGUGCAGCAAUGCAGGGUGAGAUCCAUGCCGAGAACAGCCAGGACCGUAAGAUCCUUCACUGCUGGUUGAAGGGCCCCCAGCAGGAGUUGAAUUUAACGGUGGCCUACAGGCAUACAGAGCAGCCAUGGAAGAGCCACGUGUUGCUGACGGCUCUGGGGGCCAGUGCCGGGGGCCAGCCUCAGGGCCUGCAGUUGGAGGGCGAACUGGAGGAGCUAAUGCAAGACAGGAGGUUGUACCAGAAGCAGGGGACUUUCUUCCUUAGGCACCCUUGGACUCUGCCCGUCCCGCAAAGCAUCCUCCUGCAGGAGACCUUCACGGCAGACAGGCAGCACCAGCGUUACUCCCUGGAGACGAGGGUUGUCCUGGAUGGCCAGGAGGAGACCCUGCAGACCGUGGUCCUGGGCUACCAGGCCGGGCACCCAUACGUCUGCGCGGGCCUGAGCCACCCAUACAACGGCAAGGCCAUCCCCAGGAACGUGGAGGGGUGCGUGGUUACGUGGAACCGGCACAUCGCUAAGAACAAGGACGUCGAGGUCACUCUGAAAGUCAACCAGAAAGUCUUGCUGCACUUAAAGGGUCUGCACCAUGACCGAUCUCGGCGUGGGGAAGUCUGGCACAGCCUGGCCCUGGAUGUGGCUCACUCCUCCCAGCUGAGGUUCCCCCAGGCCCUGAGUUUGGAUGGGGACAUUGUCUUCAGGCGGAGUCACCAGGGAGCAUUUGACUGCGGUGUGGAUGCACGGGCUGUCAUCAACCACAACGUCAUGUCCCAGGUCUCAGUCCAGCUGAACGGGUCUGACUCCCACUUGGUAUUUUCCCUCCAGCUCAGACAUCCCCACAGACCAACAUUUCCUCCAAACUUACAGGUGCAGGCAGCUGCUGGGCGCUACAGAGAGCGCAGCCUCAACGGCUCCCUGUCUGUGCACGUGUCUGGUGAGGUGCUUGUUCUGCUGGAGGCCACCGCCAGCCAGGAUACCUGGAGGAGCAGCCGGGGCUGGGGCAUGGGCAUCCUCCUCCGCCAGGAGGUCCUCAGAGCCCCCAGAGCUGUUCAGCUGCAGCUGUCCGGCAAGGUCGCCCCAGACAGGAUUUGGCUGUUUUCCAAGGCACUGCUAGACCACAACACAGUGCAGCUUUUUCUCAAGGCAUCUGAAGAGCAGAGGGGAGGCCAGGUCCUGACCCUGCAGAGCCGAGCCCAGCACACCUGGGCAGCCGUGCCCCGUCUUCUGACCCUCACAGGUGUGCUGAAGCAGAAGGAGACACUCACAGAAGGUACCAUCAAGGUCACUGCUGACUCAGCUGUGCUGGGAUUCCUCUUGCGGGACAAGCAUGAGAAGGCAGGGAACAGCACCAGCAUGCACAGUGUGACCUGCAUCCUUGCCCAGAAUGGCAGCCGGGCCUUGCCAGGAGAGCUCCAGCUGAGGGGGCGACUGCAGGCCCAGACGGGGAGCCUUGAGGGCCAGGCCAGCCUCCGUGCUGACACGGCCAGCCUAGCUCUGGGUGGAGUCUGCAUCUGGGCCCCUGGGCACGGCCAGCUCUCGGUCAGACUGAGUCACAACAUCAGCACCUUGAGUGAGGCAGGACUCCCCUCCCAGGCAGAGAUUCUCCUACUGCACAACCACGUGGCUUCCAGCCUCUCAGUGCGUGUGACGCUGCGUAGUGCAGAGCGUCAGCUGGAUGCUGCCCUUGGCCUGGAUGGCCCGGUCACCAGCGCCCCGGGCAGCCGGCUCCGUGCCAGCCUUGGCCACACGGUGCCCGGCCUCAGGCGCUGGGGCCUCCCCUUCUCCGUGGAAGGCCGCGGGCACUUGCAGAGCGUGGGACCCAGUCUGGCGGUCGCGCUGGUGGUGAACGUGGAUGGCGAUCAGCUUCGUGUAGCCCUGGAGAGGAGCGGAGCCGGCGGCCACUGGGGGCUGGCCCUGGGGCUGCACCGUGGCCUCUCAAGGCUCCAGGUAAGUGACCCAAGGGAGGCCUUCACAAAGGGAGAUGGGGUCAAGUGGAUCUCAGUCAACUGCAGUGGAGACGCUUCGCCUGCCCAGCUGUCAGGGCUCUGCUGGGGGAACGUCACUGGGUGGCCUCACGAGGUCUCCGUGGACGUUCACGACAGUGACUCUGGCUUUGAGAAUUUGGGACGCGUCUCGGCAGGGGCCACGUCUCUGAACUACUCCGUGAGCUGCCGUCACCGCGAUGGGCGCCUGGAGCUUUCUGGCUGGAGUGAGCACGACAGCCAGGCCCUGUGGCAGGCGGGGUUCCCGGCAGAGGCCCGCAUCAGCGCCGAGCUGCAGACACGCGAGACCCAGACCCAGGCCCGUGUGGUCCUCCGAGGUGGGGAUGGUGGGAUCAGCGUGGACGUGGCAGCCCUGGUGGCCUGGCCGAUGAACGGCCCUCUGGAGCUGGUGGUGAAUGUCAGCCACACGGCGCCCGCUCUCCGGAGGCUGGGCCUGCCCUUCGCCAGCCAGCUCAUGUUCUGGGAGCUCUGGGCAGAGGAGGAGAUGAGUUCUUCCCUGCAGCUGACCUGUGAUUCUCAAGCCUGCCUGGUUUUCAACGUCCGUGGCCAGAACCGGGCGCUCAGCAAGGAGCUGCGGCUCUCAGGCCGGCAUCACCUCCCCAUCCUCCUAGGCUGCUGCCCCAGCAGAGCCUCAGCCUCAGCCAAGCUGCGAUACCCUGAGGGUGGAGCCGAGAGCACCUUUGCCUUGACGGUGGAGGAGCAUCAUUUCCACGUGGGCUCCAGGCUGGUGGCUGCUAAGGACAGUCUCACCAACAUCGUCACGCUGGAACAGACCUUCCCCCAGCUCCACACCCUUCCUGGGGAGCUGGUCCUGCAGACCUCAUACGAGCGAGCCCGUGGCACCCGUGUCCUGCACCACAUGGUGCUGUGGGACGGCCAGGAGAUGGCUAUCAACGGGAGCUUCUCCGGGCCCUUCCUCAAGCCCACCGGGACCCUCAGGCUGCAGGUGGAGCUCACCCACCCGCUGCCGCUCCCCCUGCCUCAGCACUGCAGCCUCCGCCUGGCCUCCGAGCAUUCGCGACGCGGCCACCACGAUGACCUGGUCGUGGGCUGGGAUGGCAAAGACCAGGUGGUGCUGUCCUCCUCUCUUCGGCUGGGGAAGGGCAAGCUGGCCGCCCACGUGGCCCUGGUUCACCCCUUCAGCCUCUCCUGGCGGCGGGCCGAGGCCAGUGGCCUUGCUGAGAGCAGGGGUGGCAGGCAGCGCCGGCAGGUACAGCUUGCCUGGAAUGGAGGGCAGCCUGCGACUUUGCAGCUCACCUGGGCCGACAGGUCCUUGGCGCACAGCACCUCCUGGGACGGUUGCGUGGCCACCUCCCCGGGGCAGCUCUGGGACACCUGGGGCCUGGGCGCCCUCAGGGCCUGUGGGGCCUUAACACAGACCCCAGCCGUGUUCAGCGAGUGGCUCGAUCUGUCCUGGGACGGACGCCGGGUGCAGCAGAACCUGACGUAUGAGAGGCACCAGCCGUCCCGCCCGGACAAGAUCCGUGCAGAGGCCACACUGGAACGCGUCCUCAUGGCCUCCUGCACCACGCAAAGUUUCCAGGGAGUCGUGGAGACUGACUACGCCCGCUGGCUGCGCCAUUCCCUGCAUCUGGGGCUCUGCCACCUGCCCAGGGCCCUCUCGGUCUCUGGGGAGCACACCUUGGGCAGCAGUGGGCUCCUGCUACACUCCAAAUGCCAGCUGGGCCUCGCCCCAGACCCAGACCACAACCUGCACCUCAGCCUGACCCUCCGCAACCACAGCAGGCCCCGGAUGCCUGACUUCUCCGGGGAGCUAGAGCUCCGCGGCCCCAAGGCUCAGCAGUUUGGCCUGCUGGGCCGGGUCUCCACCUCAGCUUCUCGAAGCUUGGUCCAGCUGGAGGGAAAUGUGGACGAUGGGGACGAGAAAGUGAGACUGUUGGUGUCCCGGGCCCCGAACUGCUUCCAGGCCUCGGUGGCCCACGAGGAAGGGAGCCAAGAGGAGAGCGUGGUGCUGCGGGCGUGUGCCCACAGGCGGACUGCGGAGGUGGAGGCCCUGCUCCAGGACAGCGGGCAACCCGUCCAGCCCCUGGGACGCCUGACCCUGCAGGCUGCCAACCAGAGCCUCCGCUUGGCUGCAUACGGCUGCCAGGGGACCCUGCUGGGCCACGUGGAGUCCAGGGUGGCCGCUCUUGGGUCCCAGGUGCAAGCCCGGCUGGAGGAGAAGAUCCAUGGCUUGGACGCCUACGUGAGACGGUUCCAGCGCCUGGUGCAGCCGGCGGGCGCCCUGGAUGGCGCGGCAGGCCCCCUUCUGCAGCUGUGCCAGGCGGGGCUGGGGGCCGUGCGGGAGAGCGGCCGGGCGGUGGCCGCGCUGUGGGACCAGAGCCGGGCCAGGCAGGGGCUGACACACCACGUGCCGCUCUACCUGGGGAGGCUGCAGGCAGGGCUGGAGCAGCUGCGGGCUGAGCUGGAACAGCCCCUGGCCACGCUGAAGGACGCCUACUUGGAGGUGACAGUGCAGCCCCUGGACAAGGUGUGGCAGGAGCGGGCCGAGGAGGCCGUGCAGCGGCUGCAGGCCUGGGUGUCCGGGACGCCGGGGACCUGGGGGUCCGGGCCCAUCGCGGCAGCGCUGGAGGCCACGAGGGGCGCCCUGGAGCUGGCCACCCACCAGAUGCUGUCUUGGGCUGAAGCUGUGUUCUCACAGGCACUGAGGCGGCUCUGCAAACCCUUGUUGGACAUGUACAGCUUCUCAGCCAGGGACCACUCAGUGGUGGUGACACUGCCGAUGCUGCCUGCAGGGGACGAGCCCCUGGACGUGGCCCGGGUGACCAGCCACCUGGUGGAGGAGAAGCUGCUGCGGCCACUCCGAGAGCUGUAUGGGACCAGCGUGCUGGCCGAGUACCACCGGCUCAAACGCCGUCUGCUGGGGGCCCCCUCUGGAUACCACGCUGUGGUGGCCGGUGCCAGGCACGUGGUAACCUUCGACGGCCGGGUGUGGGGCAUCAGUGCCGGCUGUGGCAGGCUGCUGCUGGCCAAGGACUUCGCUCACGACACAUUCUCGCUGACACUAAACCGGGCGGGCUCGGGGCUCACGUCCCUGACCGUGGAGUUGAACCACACCACCCUCGUCCUCUACCCCAGCCUGAAGACCUACAGGCUGUACAACUCCUCCCUGCCUGCGGAGAGCUGUCUGGACCUGGAUCUGCCUCCUGCCAAGACCAGGAGGGACCACGUCCCCAGGAUCGAGCUGACCAGUGAGGACGGUGUGUCUGCUGUUUGUGACCUCCACGCCAGCCUCUGCAGCCUGACUCUGAGCGUCUGGCAGCACGGCCUGUCCGCUGGCCUUCUGGGCACCAACGACAACGAGGCAGGCAAUGAGCUGAUGCUGCCGGACGGCACGGUGGCCAGCAGCCUGGAGGAGUUCACCCCCGCCUGGCAGGUGGGUGGUGACUGCAGGGCUGUGGAGAAGACUCGGCUGGCAUGCCCGGUACAGAGCCCCACCUGCCGGGCCUUCUUCCAGGACCCCCGCUCCAGCCUGGGGAACUGCUUUGGGGUGGUGGACCCCACACCCUUCCUCAGCCUAUGUGUCCAGGACACCUGUGGCACCCAGGAGCGCCAACCUGCCUGCAACCUGGCGGCCGCCUACGUCCACCUGUGUGCCCGGGGCUUCGUGCCCCUGGACCCUCCUCCACAGUGCGGUAAGCAGUCUGACCCCUGCCUGGGGGUGGAAGGUUGA